AAAAAAAAAACCCAGGUAAAGGUGUGUGCCUGAAAGAGCGCGUGCUCGGUGCAGAGGUGUAACGUGUUGUAACAGGACCGACUCUCCUAGUGCAAAUUCCACAUAGCUGUUACUCUGUUACUGUCCGACAGCCAUAACGUGUGUGUGUGUGUGUGUACUGUAUAUGUGAGGCUGAGUCAAAGGUGAGAUCUGCAACCAUGCUGGGAGCGUCGCGGAUCCUGGAGAAGGGCCCCGAGUACUUGAGGAAGCAGAUGGAGCUCGAGCGCGAGGGCAAGGGCCGCGCGAGCGCAGCGGAGAGGCUCGCGGCGACCAGGCUCCGGUAUGUGAAGGGCCCCCAGGGGACGAGUUCAACGUCCAGCACGGAACCAGGUCCAGAGACGGGUUCCUCCACUCAGUGCGCCCGAGGGUCCACCGAGACCACAGAGCUGAGCGCGCCCGCUCCGGAGCAUGAAGAAAACCCCGUUAAGCGGAACAGCUCCAAGAAACGACCUGACUCGGUUUUGCUGUACAGACAGAAGUGCGACCUGCAGAGAGGCGCCCCGGGGGCGAACUACCGGCGCAAGCGGACCUUACUGAAGUCACUGAGAGAGAGGAACAACGCUGGCGCUCCGGUCUCAGCGGGCCAGGGGGCGGCGAGUUCAUCCGACUCGGAACACGCUCCCGGGCAGAAGGACGAGAAAGAUGACGCGGAUAAGGACAGCGGGCCGCUGCGGCGGCGCCCCGAGCGCGUGACCGUGCCAAGGCGGGCCGUCGAGGGCCAGGGGGCCGAGUCGGAACGCGCGAGGAAGGGGGUGUCGCGCUCGCACUCCGACGUCAGUUCGCGCUACUCGAGGAGCUUCGCGGACUUCGACGCGUUCUUUCAGUACUGCGGCCUCGAGAGCGACGUGGUGGAGGCGCUGGGCAGAGGAAACUUCUCCUCGCGCUCGGACGAGCGUGAGCUUUACACAAAGAUCCGGAGUGUAAGCAUGGCUGUGUCAGACAGUGAGAUUUCACACACCAGCGGCGACAUCGACGGGCUUCAAGAGGAAGAAGUUAAAGAGACCCGGCAGCAAGGUUCAUCCGUCAUCGAGCGCAACGCCCGAGUGAUCAAAUGGCUGUACAGCUGCAGAAAUGCCAGCGAGUCUGGGAAAAUGCUGCGAGAUUUGAAUUAGCCACGAUGUCCUGAACACCUAUGAACGCAAGCACCAAGACAUGUCAUCAAGCGUCUUCAGCUCCACCUUAAAAGUAUUUCUCGAUGUCCUGUUUAUAUAAUGUCCUGUCCCACCUGAGAAUUGUACUUCACCAGCAUCAGUUCUGGUUCACACUCUGAAAAUGCUAAAGCGUUGAGACGUUUUUAUGCUAACAGCAUGCACAAGAAACUUUUACUUGACAGAUAUCACAGCUUCCAUCUGACUUUUGUCUCUUGCAUUGAAUGCGACUUUAACAACACAGCAGGCACAACAUUGUCCAUUAGCUUAGACCAUGUCCACACUAAUAUGUUUUUGUUUGAAAAAGCAUAUUUUUCCCGCCGUUUUGAGACACGUUUUUGUUCACUGCUGCGAUGUUUCAAAGAAAAGUAAAUAAGCGCCAGGCUUUUAGGAAACUAUUCAAAAUGAAAGUGUGGACGGAGUGUUUUUAGACGAAAAUGCCGUUUUCAAAUAUUUUUAUUUCAAGUUUCGGAUUAGCGUAGCCGUAGCUAGUUUUGAGUUAAAUGUCUCACUCAGUCCACGCGACAACGCAAAAACCCUGACGCUAAACAAGAAAUGCUGUGGACCGAAGGCCAGAACGUAGAGGAAAAAGAUGUGUUUUCAAGUCAAAGCCAGAGGAAAUGUUUCAGCUCCUCAAAAUGGGUUUGCCUUUUCAACCACCGGUUCUUUCUUCUGUUUAUAAAGUGAUGUCAAAUCAUCAUGGCCGCCCACACUGUAAAAAGUGUACAGAUUUCAUCCUUCAUCUUUAAAUUAACAUUUUAAAAAAAUACAAUUUUCAUUUCCUACUUUUACAUUCUGGUUUUAGAUCAGAUCAUGUACAGACAAAGUCGUUGGUUAAAUCUAUAAAACAGACCAAAUUUAUUUAUAUUUCGAGAAGGAUCGUAAACAUUACCUGUUAGCUAUCGAGCUUGUUGCUAUGCUACUUGCAGAUUUUAACUGUUGUUAUUGAACGACAAAAAAAAAAAAAAAAAAGUGUGGCUUAAGAGAAAAGUGCAUUCAAAGCAGAAAAAAAAUCAAAACAUACUGCUGUGGGCCUCGAUUUUUUUCAUACAUCGAACCUCCCAAGGUGGGAGACUUCGUUAUAACAGCUCGUAUGUCACUAUUUACAAGACUGAAUUUAAUUAUUUGUAUUUGAAAACCCAAAAGACCGAAAACCCAAUCUUUCACGUGUCUCCCAAGCCAAAAAUCAUGAGUCACAUGACCAAACCCGAUAUAGAGAUACCUCCGCUCACCUAUUUUCUUGUCAAUUUUUUUUAAUAACCUUUUUGAAGUCAUCUGUUAUUUGAGCGAUUUACCCUCAAUGUCGCAACUAUUGUUUUUUUUAGCUUUGUAAAAAAAAUGUCAGUAUCACAUAAACAAAAAGUAUUUUUAUACCACAUGAGGGUGUAGCAGUGAACAGGAAUCAUUCACUAGUAUGUGUAUAUAUAUAUAUAUAUAUAUAUAUAUAUAUAUAUAUAUAUAUAUAUAUAUACACAUCAGAGUCUAUGACUCAGACUUGUGGGUGUUAUUUCCUGUUCAAGAAUUCUAGGACUUCCUGUGUGGCAAAAGUCAUCGACCAUCUAAGCAAAUAAGAAGAAGUAAAAAAUCAAUGUAUUGAUUUAUUAAGUAGUUACACAGUAAUUGAUUCUGUCAAGCAUUUAAGAAAAUUAGGUCUUAUUUAUGGAUAGAAAAAGGUUUGUACGUGAGAAACGAGUAACACACUCGGGGUUAUGUUAUGAUAGGAAUAUAAUAAGUGACAGGGUGGUGGAAUGUGGUUCAACUCAAAGCAGAAGGUUAUUUCCCUAUGACAGUAUGUCGCAGGGUGUUUUAUUCGGCAACAAUUACAUUGUUUAACGCUCUAAUGAAUGAAACAUCCUAAUUGUUGAUCUGUUUAUAGCUACAUCUAAUGUCGUGGAUGUUUUUUUUUUUGCACCAGUCCAGGCAAACUGUUCAGGAUGCCAUGAAAAAAAAAAAACACAGAAUAUUAACACUUUUUGAAACACUCCAAACUGGAAACAAUGACCAUGUGUCAGUCAAAAAAUCUGAGAUCCGAAGCUCUUGUCCAGUAUCUGCAUGACAAGCCACAUGAUAAAUGGAUAAUUUUAUGAAUGAGCAAUUGUACAGAUGAUCCUUUUAAAGUGUAUAUAGAGAGUGUAUAUCUGUAUCUCUAAGGACGUAGGGACCGAAAUUAUCUUCUGCUUUGUCUUCAUAAAAAAAAAAAAAAAAAAUGUUUUUGCUGAAGCAGUCUCUACAAAACGUAUUUUCAUUUUUUUGUGCCAGACACUGAGCAAACACUCGUUUCUUUCUACCUAUUAAGGAAAUGACCUUUUACAAACCCACAGCUUUUGGCUCGCUGCCUUUUCUGUCUUCAAAAUUCCCACCAUCUUUAAACCUCUUCAUGUCAGAUUAAUACAUUAAGCUCUUAAAGACAUUAUAGACAAAGGUUUGUGGACACCUGACCAUAAGACUGGUGUCUUUUUUUUUUUUUUGUACAUCCCCUUCCACAUUUAGCUUCUGUUAAGAUCUAUAGCAGGAGAUAUUUCACUGCAACCCAUGAAAAGCACAUCUUCAUAGAGCUGGCUUUGUGCACAGGGGCAUCGUCAUGCUGGAACAGGUUUGGGUCUUGCAGGUGGUGUGAAGGGAAAA